AUGCAGAGCGCUCACUCGUGGCAAACUCACAGAAACGCCCCUAAGACCCCUCGACCAGAGGUGCCCCCGGUCCCACCCCACCCCAAGCCCACAGAGGGGUCCCCGAGCACGACCCCCACCCUCGCAAAGUCAUCCCUGAGCUCCCCCACGAGCCCCACAGCACCCCAAGCUCACAGAGGGGUCCUCCAGCCGCUCCUCCCCAGUCCCACCCCGCCCCCUCAACCUCAAAAAGAGGUCCCUGAGCUCACUUCAGAACACACAGCCCCCUCCCACGGCAGCCCCAAACCAUCUCAGGCUCAGAGUGGUCCCCAAGUCUCCACAUCCCCAGCUCCACACCACCGCCCAAGCUUCCCUCCCCAGCCCUUCCCCACCCCACAGCACCCCAGGCUUACAGAGGGAUCCUCAAACCGCUCCCCAGUCCCACCCCACGCUCACCGAGGGAUCCCCGAGCCUAUCCCCCACCCCACCCCAAGCCCACCCACACCCACAGAGGAGUCCCCGAGACCUCCCAAACUCACACAGGGGGUCUCCCAGCCCCUCAAAACACACGCGCCCCAGCCACCUCCAGCUUCUCAAACACACAAAGUGGGUCCCCGAGCCAGCCCCCUCCCCGUACCUGCCGGCGGAUCCCGGGAACCCUCGGGGCGCUGGGAUGAGGCAGCGCGCGCGCUCGGAUCACUGCUCCCCCCCACCCUUCCCUCCCUCCGCCCCCGCCGCGCGAUUUCAAACCGCAACGGCCGCCCCGGCCCGCCAAUGAGCGAGCGGCGCUCGGGACGCGCCCGCCAAUCAGAACAAGCGCCCACGGGGGAGGAGGGAGCGGAGCGGGGCCGGCCCGACGCGUGGCCGUUGAGCCCCCGAGCGGAGCGCCCCCGAGCGGGGCAGGGCGGGCACUGCAGGGCUGAGGGGGGGUAA